AUGGCGGCAUUCAAUUUGGAUUUCAUAAAACCACAUUUCCCUCUCCCUUCCUCCCUCCCUCCCUCCCUCCCUCGGUGCUACUCGGUCAUCAUGAGCCCCCCAUGUCUGUGGGCUGUUGGUGGAGGGGGAAGGGCAUGGCUGAUCGCCAACCUGCAGUCAUUCUUGCACCCCUGCCUCAUGGCUCAACGGACCUUCCGCACAGGCUCCGAAAUCCCGCACUGCUGCGGCCUCAUGCCCUGCUCGGACACACAAACCCACACCCACAAGCUGGUGAUCUCGGCUUUCAGCACCACUGUGAGCAUCAGCCCGCUCUCAUGCACCCUCCUCUCUUCCGCCUGCAUCCUCCAGGCGGUCUUCAAGAUCCCUUCUACUCGGGGCAAGUGGCAAGCCUUGUCCCCUUGCAGGUCCCACCUCACCGUGGUGUCACUGUUCUACGGCACCAUCUUCGCCGCCGUGUACUUGCAGCCUGCACCUCCCACCUCCUCCCAGAAGGACAAGGAGGCUGCCCUGAUGGUGAGGAUGGUUGUCCCCCUGCUGAACCCCUUUAUCUACAGCCUAAGGAACAAGGACAUGAGGGUGGCCCUAAAGAAGCUGCUCAGCAGAACAGUCCCUUCUCGUUCCUAG